GUCACUGCUGCCUGGUAGAAAUUAAAAACAAACAACACAAAAAAGUAUUGCGCCAUAUUUUACCCUCUUUACUUUACUAAUAUUUUGCACGUCAAAUAUUUUAUUCUAACUAUUUAUGUGACAUUUUAUUCUUUUUUUUGUCCAAUGGCUCAGUACAUUUCCUCCUUCUAUUCAUCAUCCAGCACCAUGUCCAACGCGGCUCAUGCCCACCAGCAGGAUACCCGCAAUGCCAUGGGUGCACCACCAGUCUAUGCCAAUCCAGACGCAAACCGUCUGAUUACUCUAGCCAUCAAGCAGGCCCAGGUCGACUAUGAAAAGACCAAAGCAGACCACAAAAGGAUGCAAGCAAUCAUUGCAGACGAACUGGUCGCAAUCAAUGCUGAGUGCCAGGCUGAGAUUGAACGCGUCAAGGCCAAGUACGCUGAAAAGGCCGAUGCGCUCCAGUUGGAAGAACACGAGUGCGCGCAAAAGUUGGGCGAGGCUAAGAGCAGGCUGCUAGAGCUGCAGCGGAAUGCCCUGACCCUGGUUGAGGACGCAUUUGGCGAUCUCUUGGAGAUUGGAGUCUUGGAUUAUCGUGUGCUGCCCAGUGGAGAUGUCGCUCAGGAGGCUGUCAAUGAGCCUUUGCAGGCGCACGCCGCCCGUGUACUGCCCUCUGGAGAAGAGGCGAAUGUUGCAGUUUGUCCUCAGGAUCAGCGCUGUGUGCCUGCAACUGCAGCUGCGGCUGAGGCUGUGGUGCAGGUUGGUUCCCAGCCACUGUCCCCAGUCGAGCUUGCCCGGGCACGCGAUGUCUUUGGCUGCUACAACGCGAAAUGGGCUGUUUUCGACCAGAAAACGCUUAUUUUGGUCGAGGCCCGGUGCAAACUCACGCAGGCACGGAUUGGCUUUAAUCACGUUAAGGCCGAGCUGACUCGAAUUCUUCCGGCCAAAAUCAAUAUCCACCAUUUGUCCAAGGUCUCAAAGAAAAAGACUGAGUUGCUUGUGGAUGUGAUGGACCAGCCAGAGAUUUGCUGGCGUUUAUUCCAAGAAGGUUGGGCCGUUGGUGAUGUUAAGGACCCGGAAAACAUAUUUGCCAAUUGCUGUAAUACCAAGACAGAGAAGAUUAAUGAGCUGAAGCUGCGCUAUAAGAAGGAGUGCAAUUCAGUUAGCAAUAUUGGUGUUUCGGCAUACUAUAUGUAUUGCAUUAAGCAACUGCAUAAGCACUUUAGCUCAUAAUUGUUUUAUUUAUUUAUUCAUUCAUUCAUUCAACAAUUCAGCAUUAA